AUGGAGAUAAGGUUGCUGAAACCUCUUGCGGAAAUUGAACGAGUGCAGAAGCAGCUCACACUUUCUUUGUUAAAAAGCCGUGAAACAACCGCAACUUCAAAGCAUUUAAAGGCUCUCCAUGUUCACCUCAUUCGGACCGGGCUGCAUCAGAGCAGCUACGCUGUUGGGAACUUCGUGGCUCAUUGCGCCACCUUGGGCAGCAUGGGCUAUGCAACCCAGGUUUUCAAUCAAAUGUCCGAACCUAAUUCCUUUGUUUGGAAUACAAUGAUCCGAGGAUUCCAACAGAACCAACAACCUGAGCAAGCCCUUGCGUUCUUUGAUCAGAUGAGGAUUCGAAGCAUUCGACCCGAUUGCUUCACCUUCCCUUUUGUCAUCAGGGCCUGUGCAAAUUUGCAGUAUUUCCGUACUGGGAGAUGCGUUCAUGCGCAGCUGUUCAAGAUUUGCCUCCACGAUGAUGUUUUCAUCGCUACCAGUUUGAUUGAAUUCUAUGGAAUUUCUUGGGAUAUGAUGACGGCUCAGCAAGUCUUUGAUGAGAUGCCCGUGAAGGAUUCAGUGUCCUGGACGACCCUCUUAUCAGGGUAUGUGAACCACUGCAGUGAUUUGAAGAAAGCUCGCCAACUUUUUGAUGAGAUGCCGGCGAAGGAUCUUGUAGCAUGGAAUACCAUUAUAGGAGGCUACGUGAAAGUUGGGGACAUGGAACUUGCUAACAAGUUGUUUGAUCAAGCUCCGAUCAAGGAUUUAUUGAUGUACAAUACGUUGUUGGGUGGCUUUGCAAAACAUGGUGAACCUCAAGUCGUACUGCAAUUUUUUGAUAAGAUGCCAGAGAGGGAUGUGGUCUCCUGGAAUUCGGCCAUUGGAGGGCUUGUCCAGAAUAAGAGGAUUAAUGAAGCUAUGGCACUCUUUCAUCGAAUGCAAAUGGAAAAUUCGAAGCCUAAUGAGGUGACUCUAGUAAGCAUUCUUUCUGCUUGUGCCCAGGCCGGAGCCUUGGAUGUGGGCAGAUGGAUACAUUCAUACAUCGACAGGAACGCUGUUGAUCUGAAGGUUGUAGUCGGUACUGCUUUAGUGAACAUGUAUUCAAAAUGUGGGGCACUAGAGAGUGCUCAACAUGUUUUUGAUUGCAUGCCAGAUCGAGAUGUCGUGGCUUGGAAUGCAAUGAUCAUGGGAUUUUCCAUGAAUGGACAAAGUAAAAAUGCCUUGGAGUUGUUUUCUCAAAUGAGAAGGGAAGAUGUAAAGCCUAAUGAAAUUACCAUGAUCGGAGUACUCAGUGCCUGCACUCAUUCAGGAUUAAUAGAUGAAGGGCGAAAGCAUUUUGAUGGCAUGCGCCAUGAGCUUGGCAUCACCCCCAAGAUCGAGCACUAUGGAUGCAUGGUUGACCUACUUGGACGUUCAGGAUUGUUGGAAGAAGCUUAUAAAUUCAUUCAAGAUAUGCCUAUUGUGCCACAUGCCGGGGUCUGGGGCGCCCUGCUUGGUGCCUGUAAGAUCCAUGGCAAUAUUACACUUGCAGAGCUUGCCAUCCAACACUUGGUUGAACUGGACCCGGAAGAUGGGGGUUAUUUAUCUAUAAUGUCCAAUAUCUAUGCCAACGCUGGAAGAUGGGAUGAUGUUGCCAAGGUUAGGCAGUUGAUGAUAGAGAAAGGGAUUAGUAAAUUGCGGGGGUGUAGUUCCAUUGAAAUCAAUGGUGAGAUUCAUGAGUUCGGGGCGGAGGAGAAAAUCCACCCUCGAUCCAAGGAAAUUUAUGAGAUGAUAGACGAGAUUUCCAAGCAGUUAAGGAUUGCAGGUCAUGCGGCAAGUACAACAGAGGUAUUCUUUGAUGUGGAAGAGGAGGAAAAAGAAAAGGCCCUAUUCUUCCACAGUGAGAAGUUGGCUGCUGCUUUUGGACUGAUCGCCACUGAUAAAGGGGUUACCUUACGCAUCGUAAAGAACUUGAGGAUCUGUGCUGAUUGUCACUCCGCUAUAAAGAUUAUUUCAAGGAUUUUUGAUAGAGAAAUAGUGGUUAGAGAUCGGAGCCGAUUCCACCAUUUCAAGAAGGGUACAUGUUCUUGUGGAGAUUACUGGUGA